AUGUCUGACACCCGGCAGGCCCUUAAAAGCAGUUAUUAUAGCAGAGACACGCAUCGUUCUGAGGUCACAAAAACGUGUAUCUACAGGGCAGCCGUCUCCGUGGCCGCCGUCCUGACCCGGACCUUGAACAACCGGACAGAGAACUCUCAGCCGCCACCGCCAGGCAAGGGCAGCUUCGGGCUGGAUGCUCCGCUGAGCGCGGGGUGGGCGCUGCAGGCACCCACCCGGCUGCAGCCUCCAGCGAGCGUGGUGCUGAUGGAGCGCCGCGGGCAGCGCUUUGCUGCGGCUGCUGGAGGAGCUGGGGCCUCGGCUCUCCCAGGCCCGCCAGCCUCGUGGAAGCCUAGCCGAGAGGAAAACAGAUGCCAACAAACAGCUGGUCAGGCUGCUACCAACAUAAGCGACCCUAAUGGGGCCCAGGGGAUCCCUCUCCCCCAAACCCGCAACCUCACUACUCCCGACCAUGUCCUGGGCGACCUGGACCCACAGCAGUGCCAGAAGCUUCUAGAAGAAAGCAAGAUGAUGCAGGUGAUGGUGGAGACGACUUCCGGUGGAGGGGGGCGCACCCCCAGGGCCCCACGGGCUGCGGGCCUACUCCCCAGAUCCCAGUCGCUGGGGGUCGCGACCGAAGCAGGGCGGGAGGAGGUCGUGCCACCCGGGGAGGGUGUGGAAGCAGCCUCUGCCUCUGCGGCAGCAGACAGCAGCCUGAAAAAUGGCUUUCAGCGUGAAACUGGUGGGGAGAAGGCCCUAGAAACCUGUGGCACAGAUCGGUCGGAGUCUGAGCUGAUGAUGACUGGGGCAAAGGCCGCGGAAGCGAGGACUGAAAGGGGCACCAUCUUCUCAGAAGCAGUGGACGAGGAGGAGAGGGUUGAAGUGGAGGAAAAGCCAGUGGCUGAGGAAAUGGAAGUGGUGGAGAAGCACAGAGGGGUAAACGAGGUGAAGGACGAGGCAAGGCCCCGGCAGAGUGAGGGUCUCCACCUGAAUCCCCUAGAAGCCAUCCAGCUGGAACCACACCCUCAGGCUGACUGGGCCUUCCUCCAGUUCGGGCGCAAUUUUGGGCGCAUGCGUUAACACUACGUACAGUGGUGGUACAUCCUGGGCUUCUGAGUCACUACUGUUCGGAACCACCCACAGCUAUCUGCCCUGAUUAGAGGCAGAGGUGCAGAGAUGUUCAGGUAUGUAGCGAAUUAUAAGGUGAAGGAACUCAGACAUCCUAGGAUGGGGCGCAAGUUCAAGUUCUUCUUUCGAAGAAACCCAUAAUUCUUUCGAAGAAACAACUGGAUUGUGAAGGAAUACGAGGUCAGAUCCUUGGGGCACGUGGUGUUUCUUUCCACUCCGAUCAUAUGGCACCCGGGCCAUGAACCCCAGGCCUUUCUUCCUAGGAACCAAGACCUCAUGUGCAGCUUCUUUGCCUGGUUUUCAGACCACAGCCUUCCAGAGUCUGACAGGAUUGCUGAGAUUAUCAAAGAGGACCUCUGGCCAAAUCCACUGCAGUACUACUUACGGGAUGAAGGAGCCCAUAGGGCUAGACUUCUCCAGACAAGGGAGCCAGUGGAGAUGCCCAGGCCCGUUGGGUUCCAAUCUGGUUAA